AUGUCACCUCAGUAUCUGAGCACAACGCCUCAGCUACCCUCCUCUUUGUUGGCCUUGCUGCUCCCAACUGUCGUUUGCUGUCUUCUUUCUCCGUCUGCUGACGAGGCUUGCUCAGCUUGGCCCUAUGUGAGUGUUGUUGUAUCUCAGUGGACAAGUAUGCUAAAAAUAGUGGCAAUACAUCUUGACAAGCUUGGCCUGAAACAUGCCGUAGUGGAUGGUUCAGUGAACCCAAAACAGAGGAUGGAUAUCGUUGAAGAAUUCAACAACAAUCCUAAAGGAACCAAGGUGUUGUUAAUUUCACUUCUGGCUGGAGGUGUUGGCCUUAAUCUGGUUGGAGGAAACCACCUCUUCCUUCUAGACAUGCACUGGAAUCCAGCACUAGAAGAUCAAGCCUGUGACCGCAUUUAUCGGAUGGGGCAGCAGAAGGAUGUUAAGAUCCAUAGAUUUGUCUGUGAAGGAACUGUGGAAGAAAAGAUCUCAGAGCUGCAAACCAAGAAAAAAGAAUUAGCCCAGAAGGUGUUAUCAGGAAAAGGAGAAUCCUUCACCAAGCUGACUCUGGCUGAUCUCAGACUUCUGUUUGGCAUUUAG